UUACUUGACAUCCAUGCAUUUGCUGCACAUAGGGAUGCAUUGAUACAUUGUUAUAAAAUGGCACUCGUGGAAAUGCUUGUCGUUUUUGCAGUGCUUUUCCCUAUAGCAGUAUCUGAUAACGUUUGCAAGCCAGGUAAACUAUCCAACGAGGUCUUCAAGAGUUGUGGAAAGACGGGUUUUGCAAUGAAGUGUAACGGAAGGGGACUACUUUCCAUUCCUAGCGAUUAUCCAACCCCAUCACCGCCUCUGUCUGGACCACCAUGUGUCCUUGACCUAAGUGAUAACAAUAUAAAUGUUGUUGGAAAUGAAACUUUUACUGAAGCAAAACAUAUAAAUUCAACUGAGAUAUUAUAUGUGUAUCUGAACAAAAAUAGUCUUCGUUACCUACAGGGUAAAGCAUUUGUUGGACUAUCAAAUUUGAAGUAUUUGAACUUGUCACAUAACAAUUUAUGUUGGAAGGACAGCUUCGCUCCUGGAGUAUUUGCAUUUCUGAAUAACUUAAAAAUCAUUAAUCUAAAAUGCAAUAGAUUCAAUGAUUUUGUUGGCCUAGACAAGGAACUGAAAGUGAUGAAAAAAUUAGAGGGUUUAUUUAUCACACCAAGGGCAAGCUACAAUAAGUUAUCAUUCGGGGAAGGGUUUAAAGAAUUAAAUCUAACGUCUUUGUACUUGUCAUCUACACCUGAAUGUGAUUGCAUUUUGAAGGAAAUAGACAACAAUACAUUUCAAAAUCUGUUACAUAUUGAGAAACUUUAUAUUCGUGACUGUCAUAUUGAAAACAUUACUGCAGACGCAUUGAAACCACUGAACAACACCCUCCAAGUCUUAGAUAUAUCAGAAAAUACAAACCUGACAUUCAAGGGCAUGAAUAUAGCGCUCAAUGGUCUUAUUAAUUCAACAACACUUAAAGAGUUAUAUGUGAACCGCAUACAUGCUCCUUACAAUCUUGGCAUUGAAAUUAAACCAAAUGACUUACAAAGUCUUAAAACGUUAAAAGGUCUGGAAUCCCUAUACAUGGAUUUGAACAAAAUAGAAGUGCUUAACGAGGAUACACUGUAUCCAAACCCGAUGUUUCCACCAUCUUUAAUUAAUCUCACGCUGGCAGGCAACAGGCUAACAUUCGGAACAUACGUUGACUACUUAUUUAUGGUCAAGAAUAUUACAACGUUAGAUAUAUCUAGACAAUUUCUAGGUUAUAAUCCAUUUAAGUUUAAACACCACGACAUUCUAUCCCACACCACAAGUGGCACGCCUUCAGCUAUGGUUUGUGAUGUCAAUAGUAUGACAGCUUAUGUACGAAACAAAUCAUUGGACGAUAUCAACGAACGAAACGUUUGGGAUAGUGUUUUACAGAAAUUGUCUCUACCAAACGACGAUAUAAAAAACAUAAAACGAGGUGAUUGGGUAACAUUAUUUGCAAACUCACCGAUUGGUUUCGAUGUCAUUUGCACGUGUAAUGUUUCCGUAGCGAGAACAAUGAUAUGUCUACCUGAACAUCUAUCGCACGUUCACUGGUCGUGGAGUUAUUUGAACGGCGAGAUACCUCCAUUGUUAUUAUGCGGGGCGAAACAUUUGGAAUAUGUGGAUUUAUCAUACAACUUGCUGUCACCCUGGACAGGACCAGUUUUUGGGUUGCAUCACUUAAAGUGGUUGAACUUGUCCGAAAAUUACUGCACACAUAUUUCAAAAGUCUUCUUUUUUGGACUUCAGAAUCUGGAAUUGCUUAAUCUUACAGGAAAUAUGCUACAAGAAACAUUUCACCCUAACAAUGCAGAUGCAGGCGUAAUGUUUGGAAACCAAAACAAAAUGAAAGUCUUGAUCUUAUCAGACAUCAAAAUAAGCAGUUUGCAUGAAGAUCUGUUAAAUUCGAUGAUAAAACUUGAAGAAUUAGAUCUUUCAUAUAAUCAAAUAUAG